AUGGGUCAGCCCGAAACUGAUGUCGAGCGGGAGAGAAUUCGAGAUUUGUCUAAGUUUGUUCCCCGCCCUGCGAUCGCGAUCCCCACUAACACACCCCCGAUCUCGACAGAUAUUAUUGACAUACCCUCCCCCCGUCUUCCCAACGAUACCACUUUGACCGCGCUGACACAACUGGGAGUCUAUCGCUUUGGCUGUAAUCGGUCUUUCGUUUCAAUCAUCGACGGAGAAAGUCAGCACGUCAUUUCAGAGGCAACGGCCUCGAUCUCUCUUCGAAACAAAGAUCUUCAUCGCCCAGACGAUGGCAUCUUCCUGGGUGUCAAUACACUUGACUUGGAAUGGGGAGUGUGUCCCCACGCCAUUCGACUUUUCACUGGACAAGAUUCUUCCCAGGUGCUAGACACGGAGAAUAUAACAGCCAACCAGACACGCAACAUCAUUCGCGAUUUCACAAAGGAGGACUUCUACAAAGAUCGCCCGUAUGUGCUUGACUGGCCUUUCUUUCGAUUCUACGCCGAGGUGCCAUUGUACAGCCCUUCCGGGUUCGUACUAGGUUCAUAUUGUGUGGUGGACAACAAGCCACGAACCGAAUUUGGAGAUGAAGAUGUGGCUGCUCUCCGGGAGAUUGCCGACUCAAUUUCAAACCACCUUGAAAAUGCGCGGAUCGUUCAAUAUCAUCGUCGGUCAGAGAACUUGGUGAAAGGGUUGACAAACUUCGUCAAAAGUCAUUCAAAAUUUGACCCUACUGGAUCCUCCACUCAAGGUCUGAUUGAAGCAUCUGCGAAGAAGCUCAAUCCUGAAGAUUUAGGGCUAAUAGUUCAGCCAGGCGAUGUGGGGGGAACGCUUGAUUCUUUAUCCACAGAAAAGGAAAUUAGUGGCUAUGCACCCCUUGACCCAAGGUCAUCCACGAGUCUUAAUGGAAAGGAAACGACGAUAUUUUCUCAACAUAUACCUUCCGCGUCAAACUAUACUCUGCCAUCAUCUCAAACUUCGGACCGAGCCGAACCGCUUCCCUGUUCUGUAGAAGGACCCCCGGAAUCGUUAGUGCCAGACAAUGUGCCUAUCGCUGAACGCAUAGCUGCAACUUUUGCCCGUGCCAGCCUCCUACUGAAAGAAUCUUUGGACUUGGACGGUGUGGUUUUUCUUGAUGCCUACCGAAAUGACCCGCAAUUCGAACCUUCUGGACGGCAUGAUGAUUGGGAUGCCUUGCUGAAUUUUAAGACACGUUCGCCCAUCGCUUCGCACUCUGGUCCUUGGGGUCUUCCUGAUGAAAAUUCACCCAAAGACGCAAAAUACUACUGUGGUUCCUUGGGUCAGGCUAUAAGCUGCAGGUCAGCUAAAAGCAACACUGACUCCAAAUGCCAGGUCAAAGUGACCGAAGAGUUACUGCAUUCGUUGAUUACACACUUUCCAGACGGCCGCAUCUUCAACAUGGACAGCAGGAGUAACCUGGCCAGCUCCAUUGACUCUCCAAGUGGCAAUUCAGAGAUCCCUGGUCCCGAUUUUGAAAUCAUCCGGCAGAUCUCUCUUUGUAUCUCUCAACAGCUCCCUGAAGCCAAAUGUGUACUCUUCUAUCCUCUAUGGGAUUGGAGCAAAUCCCGAUGGCUUGCAGGUACACUGGCUUGGGUGAAUGGAACCCAUCGCCCUUUGGGUGUAGAGGACCUGCACUACUUCAAAGCUUUUGGAGAUUCUAUGAUCUCCGAAGUGUCUCGGAUACACUGGACCGCCAGCGAGAACUCGAAAUUCGACUUUGUAACCUCGAUCAGUCAUGAGCUCCGCUCCCCGCUUCAUGGGAUCCUCGCGAGUGCAGAAUUGCUACAUGAUAUUCCGCUUCAGCCUGCGCACCGUGAUAUGGUUAACAUGAUCUCGACAUCGGGAUUGACUUUGCUGGACACAAUAGAUCACCUGCUGGAUUACUGUAAAAUCAACAACUUGGCCACUACGCAACGUCUCAGCGAGGCCAACGCUGAAGAUUGUGGAACAAGCCUAGUGUCCAAUUUCAAUCUCGAUUCCUUGGUUGAAGAAGUCACCGUGAUACUCCAUACCAGUCGAAAGGCACCCGGGCGUGUCUCGGUCCUUGCAAGUGAAAUGGCUACUGCUAUUCCGCCCUCUCAACCCACCUCUUGUGUUACUCGAAGUGGGGAUGAAUUGUCGGUGGUAGUAAACGUUGAGCAGUCCAGCACCUGGAAUAUCCGAUCAGUUGCUGGUGCCUGGAGGAGAAUAGUCAUGAAUCUCCUCGGCAAUGCAAUGAAAUGGACGCAGACUGGCCUCAUCGAGGUAUCUUUGUCACAAGCCGCAGCUCAGACCGAAACAGAACCACAUCUUGUCCAUCUCCGCGUUACAGACACGGGCAAAGGAAUUGCACAGGACUUUCUUAGAAACUCCGCAUUCUCCCCAUUCACCCAGGAAGACGCCCUAUCAGAGGGCGUUGGGCUUGGACUCAGCGUCGUGCAUAAGCUAGUGACUUUCCUGAGUGGUCAUCUCAAAAUAACCAGCGAAAAAGGUGUUGGUACCCAGGUCGAUGUUUACAUUCCUGCAGAGCGUCCCAAGGACCAUGUCCCCGCCGAGUUAUUCGACAACGCUUCAUCGCUGGAAACUCAAAGACGCAAGGACACUCUGAAGGCAUGCCUCAUUGGGUUCAACGGCUGUCCUGACUUGACGGAGACGCCCACUGGCAUCCUAAGCCCCGAUGCGAAACGGAAGAUUUCGAUUGAGGACACUCUAUCCAAUAUUUUCAGGGUGCAGUUUGGAUGGCAUAUUGCACUGGCAGAGUCACUCGAGAAGGGAGAGGGUGACAUCGCGGUUAUCGAAGAGGCAAAGUUCAACGCUAUUUUGAAUGAUCAAUCACCCUCUACCAUGAAUGCCGGUCAUCAUUUCAAGUUCUUCAUUGUCUUGGGCAGCACGACACCCUCCCUAGGCUCCUCUCUACCUCCGAAUGCAUUCCUGAUGGCACAGCCAUAUGGACCUCGGAAGAUCCGUGAAACCGCUCAAAGAAUAAUGGAUUUACACAGGUCACAAGCUCAAAUCGGCGGCCUUGAAGCUCCAGUUACCAUUCCACCUAUAAGCCAUGAAAUUCUUCUGUCAAAACCUACCCCACAGAACAUACCGGAAAUACCAAAAGGUCUUUCACAAAAGCCUCCAGUUGAAUUGAUCAGUCCGGGUCCUCUUAUCACGGACUUGCCAAUUCGAUCGUUCAGUCAAACGAACGAUAUCCAUGUUCUCAUCGUGGAUGACAACGACAUCAACCUCCAGAUCCUGGCUACAUUCAUGCGAAAGCUUGGCUGUACUUACGACACGGCUUCUAAUGGACUGAUUGCAUUGGAACAGGUUGAAUCUUCAAGUCGAAGAUAUGACUUGAUAUUGAUGGAUUUAUCAAUGCCUAUAAUGGAUGGUCUGGUCUCCACCAGUAAGAUCCGACAACAUGAAAAAGACCAUGGUCUCCAACCCUCCCGCAUCAUGGCUGUCACAGGCGUCGCUUCGGAUACCAUGCAGCAGGCGGCGGUGACCGCAGGUGUCGACGACUAUCUAGUCAAACCUCUUUCUCUCCGUAAACUGAAGAAGCUCAUGGAACCUACACCCUAA